UCUCAAUUUAUCAUCAAACUUUCCCUAUGGCCCAUGUGUCUUAAUUACUUGUCCCAUUCCCAUUUCUAAACGAACAAACACUGUCUAGAAGAGCCUAACGUUUGACUUGUCCUUUUAGUAUCUGAUAGUACUAACGGUAACCCUCCAAGCCCCAAGAGAUCAUUCUAUGCUGCUUGCUGACUUUUAAGCUUUUUUUUUUUUUCGUAUCAGUUGUCGAAAAAAGGCAUAAACUGAAUAAUCCUUCAUUCGCAGCUUUUUUUUUCUUUUUCUUUUGUGGGUUUCAAGAAUUUUGUGUGAAUUCUUAUGACCCAAAAUUGAAAAAACUCUCCGGAUAACUCCUGAAGCAUCUGCAAGCAGAAUAACAAUGUAUCCGAAAGUGAAAGUGAGGGAACAAGAAGAUUAUGAUGAUCAAUAUGAGUUUGAGACCAGGUCUUUGCAGUCAUUGAAGACUCCUGAAUGUUUCUCUUUGAAUGACUUCUCUUCUCCAGACAAUUCCCCUACAUCUGUUGUGAGAGUGCCUCGAUUUGAUAGCUCUACUUCAGGAGCAAUUAGCAACAGGAAACAGAAACUCUUGGAAGAAAACAAAACAAAUAUCAGAGCUAGUCCAAUUCCAAGACCACGUGCUGUCUUGUCCAGUCCAGGUACAUCCUUUUUGAACUUCUCACAGAGCCAAUGCUGGAAAGCUGGAGAAAUAUGUUUUAUUUACAUCCAACGUGGCCUGUUGAAUCCGAAGAAGCUGUAUAAAACCAUAUUAUGCAGUGAAUUAUGUUUGAAAGGAGGGCCUCCGGAAAAAUGCAUAUUACUGUCUGGAGAAUAAACAAUGUGUUUUCUGUGGCUUUGAGUGCUCUCAUCCACGACCAAGUGAACUUUCAUCUAAUGUGAACAUCACCCUUUUCUUGGGGAUGAUAUUGACUAAGAGACAGUUACAACAGCGGGGAUGUGACAUAUGGGGAACUCUCCUGUGGUUUGAAUCAUGGAUAAUUACUUCUAUGUAAGCGAUAGGACUAAAGGGGGAUUCUUCAUUGAUUAACGCCACUAAUUCUAUGUCAUUUUAGGCCACUUUCCGGAAAUAUUAAUAUGGUUUCUUUUCACUGAAUAUCCCCUCUUGAAUCCCCAUAAAUCUGUAUAAAACUAAAUUAUUCAGUGAAUUUUGUUUGAAAGGAGGCCUCUGGAAAGGUACAUAUUACUCUGGAGAAUGAGUGAUAUGUUUUCUUCGGCUUUGAAUUCUCUUGUUCACACAAUGAUUGAACUUUCAUCUAAUUGAAAAUCUCCCUUCUUUUGGGCAUGACAUUGAAUUAAGGGACAGCUAGAGCAAUUAAUAGCUAGGGAUGUGACAUCUUGGGAACUCGCGCAGGGCAAAAUCGUGGAUGAUUAGUUUUAUACAAGUCACAGGACUGAAGGGGGAACUCUUCUUCUAUAAUUAAUGCCACUAGAUCUAUGACUUUUAAUGCCACUCUUCUUUAUGGAUGACUCCUUUUACAUUGUGUUCCUUGUUCUGUUGUGAGCACAAAAUAGUGUCUGACUGCUGUUGCUGUUGCAAAACAAAUAUUUGUUGGAUUAUCUCAA